AUGGCUAACGUUAUUGAUAUUGAACGAUUUAAACUUUAUACGGCUGAAUGUAGCGCCCGGGUUGCAAUAUCAUUGGUAGUGAAUGAUAUUAAAUUAAUUGCAUCGGGCGUAAAUAUUAAUAAUAACAACAACAAUGAACAACAAUCAUUAUUUAACACAGAAAAUAAAAUUGAUAAAAAACCAACAACAACAACAAAAACAAGACAAAAUGAGGAGCUGAUAUUAACAACAACAUCAACAAUAACAUCGACAACAACACAAAAAGAAUUAAACGAUACGACAACUAUUUUAACUUCUUUACUAUUGACAAUUAUGCCACCAUCAACAUUUUCGUACAAUAUUCAUAAUAAUGAUCAACAUCAAGAAUUAAUUGAAUCAAUAUUAACUGAACAAACAAUUAUGACUAAUAAUGAAGAAAAAUUGGCUCAUUCACAAAGUGAAUUAUUUGUUAUACCCAUUAUUAGUGAUGAAAAUGCCAAUGAUUGUACAGAAUGUGAUUUAGAUUAUUGUCUAGAAAAUAUUCACUAUAAUAAAAAUUGUACAAAAUUAAUUCGUGAUCAAUGUAAUUGUUGUACCGUUUGUUUGAGAUAUAUCGAUGAAACAUGUGGAGGAAAAUUAAAUGUACGUGGUAUUUGCGAUAAUGGACUCAAUUGUGAAAAUAUUAAUGUGAAUAAUAAUAAACGAUCAACGGAACAAAUUGGAAAAUGUGUUAAAAGUAUUGAUUGUUCAAAUGUAGAUUGUGGAAAUUUAACAGUAGCAACAUUGAAUAUAUGUCCAUCUGAUAGUUAUCUUGUUACAAAUUUAUCAACAUCCACAAAUAAUUCAACAUGUUGCUCUUUGCCUGGUCAUUGUCAAUGUUCCCCAUGUGCACGAACAAUAUGUGGUGAAGGUUCAAAUAUACAAAUAUUUCGAACUGGAACAAAAUUACCAGGAAAUUGUUGUGAUCAAUUUCAUUGUAUAAAGAAUACAAAAACAUGUCAUCAUAAUAAAAAGAUAUAUCAAGAAAAUGAGACAUGGACUAUUGAUCAUUGUACGACAUGUAAAUGUCGUGGUGGUCUUGUCGAUUGUAAUAUGGUACAAUGUCCAGCAAAUCCACAUUGUGGAUAUAUGUACAAACCAGAAACAGAAUGUUGUCCAAAAUGUGCUGGUUGUUUAAGUGAUACAUUACAUAUUCAAGAAAUUAAUUCAACAUGGAUUGAAUCAAAUGGUUGUAUAAAAUGUUUUUGUGAAAAUGGUUGGUCUCGAUGUUUUGUUGAAGGUUGUAUAGCACCACCUUGUGAAAAUCCACGACAAAUAGCCAAUGUUUGUUGUCCUAUAUGUGAUGAUCCACCCGAAUAUCAUCGUUUAAUUGAUCAAGUACAUCAUAAAAAUCCACAUAAAUGUCCGCUAUUAACAGCCGAUUGUAAAUUAGAAUGUGAACAUGGUUUAUCGAAAGAUGAACGUGGAUGUUUGACAUGUCAAUGUUUAAUGAUGACUUGUCCAUCAUUUUGUAUUCUAAAAUAUAAAACACAACAUCAACAAUAUUGUCAAUGUAAUCCAACAUCACCUUUCUCACUCGUACAACAUUCACCACUCUAUAAUUGUACAAAAUUUAAUUGUGAUAAAAAUUGUCCAUAUAAUUAUAGUGUUAAUCAACAAACAGGCUGUCCCUAUUGUGAAUGUAAUCCAUGUCCCAUCUUAUCGUGUACAAAAAAUUGUACUUACGGAUUAAGAAAGAAUGAAGUUGGAUGUCCCAUUUGUGUCUGUGAAAGCAAUUCAAAAGACGAUUUGAAUAAUGCACUUUUAAAUGGAAAUGGUGAUAUUGAUUGGCCACGACAGUGUCAAUCCGGCCAAUAUUCUUAUUCAAAUGGUGAAAUAUGGUUUGAUGGAUGUCGACAAUGUCUCUGUCAUAAAGGAGAACACUAUUGUGCACUUAUCUCAUGUCCAGUACCAAAAUGUUUAAAUCCAAUAUUAUUACCUAACAGAUGUUGUCCAUCGUGUCCAGGCUCUCAAAAUUAUAUUGAACCAGCUACAAGUCAAGUAUGUUAUCAAGGUGUUAAUUCAGCUUAUGUUAGCGGUGAAGAAUUAGAAUUUGAUAAAUGUACAAAAUGUGUGUGUCUCAAUGGAGUCGCAUUUUGUAGUGUUGCAUUUUGUCCACCAUUACGUUGUUCAAAUCCAAUAUAUAAUUCAAGUUUAUGUUGUCCAGUGUGUCCACCAUCUUCAUCGGCAAAAUAUCUUAUACCGUAUGAUGUAAAUAUAAGUGGACCAAGUGAAAUAUGUUUACUAGAUAAUGGUUUAGAAAAAAAUGAAGGUGAACUAUGGAAACCGAAUGAUUGUGAAUCAUGUAUAUGUUAUCGUGGUAAAGUUGAAUGUUUUUCACAAACAUGUCCCGUAUUGUUAACAUGUCCAAAUCCAGUAUUAAAAAAGGGACAAUGUUGCCCCUAUUGUAUACAACAAAAAAAAAUGUCUGUAUGCGUAUUUAAUUAUAUACAAUAUAGAUCAGGUGAACAUUGGAAUGUAAGUGAUUGUCAUCGUUGUGAAUGUUCAUUUGGCACCAUUGUUUGUCAUCAACAUAAAUGUCCAGCACAUACAUGUGUCUAUACAGUUACAUUACCAGGAAAUUGUUGUCCAAUAUGUCGUGAUCAGUUACCAUCCUAUGGACAACAACAAAAAAUUCCAGUUACGAAUUCUUCAAUUGAAAUCACCAUAAUACUUGGCGUAUUUGCUGCAUUAAUUAUCAUCCUUGUUGUUAUUGUCACUAUAUUAAUCAUAAUUAUUCUUCGACGUAACACUCCCACAUCUUCAAAUGAUAAUCAUCAUGCACAUGUAAAUGGUGUUGUAGGAAAUGGUAUAUAUGGUGGAAGUGGUAAUAUUCGUGAACAUAUUUCCACAACACAUACAGCCAGUUCUAAUAUAUCCAAAGGAUCAUCAAAUGAUACUUACUCUUAUGUAAAGUAUGAUUUAAUUUCAAAACAAACUUUGACAACUUCAAAUCAAUUAUUAAUGGAUCAUGAUUCCCAUCAUCAACAACCAAUUACUGAUUCAUCAAUAUCGGGUCAAUUGACAGAAACAGAACCACUGACCGAAGGUAUAUGUGGUGAAAAUGAAGAAGAUCUUCAAGAACAAUGUUUUAUUGAACGAUCAUCGUAUAGUCGAAGUGAUGAUCAAGAUGAUAAUGAUUCAAAUGAUCAACAACAAACAUUGGGAGCACCAACCAUUAUUUAUAUAUGA